UCGUUGCUUAGCAACGAUAUGAACAUGUUAUUGAUCAAUAAAAACGGCUAAAUUCUCGGACGUUACCCUAAAUCUCGAAUUAAAGUUAUGGUUUUCGGUUCUUUAUUGAUAUUUCUAUUUUAAAUCUCUUAUUUUGAUUUUCGUAAAUGGAUGAAGGAUGGGGCUUUACACACUUUUUAGUUAUAAUGUCGAAGUCCAAUUUAAGAGUUGCUUAUUUUCAAAGGCUAUGCUCUUUACUUUGUUUCUUACCAUAUUAACUUUAAUUCUUCCCUUUGUAGUAGCAAAUAAAAGUAGAGGAUUCUGGUUGAGAACACAAAAGUUUUAUGAACAGCCAAAUAUACAUUUCACCUAUGAGUAUUUACUAGUAGCAGAAUCUGAUGACCCUAGUUACUCUAUUGUAUGUAAUUCUAUGAAGGGUUUAGUUGGAAGUAAUUUGAGGAAUGAAGAACAUUGUACAGAAUUUCAAGUACAUGAGCAUGAUGUGAACAGUGAUGGCAAGGUUGAUUUAUUAGAUUUUAAAUAUUAUCUUGAUAUACCAAAGGAAAGAACAAUUACAUCUAUAGCUUUAAUUUUAAUGUUGGACUUUCAGUUAAAGACAAUUUGUCCACUUCAUAUGCAAAGUUUAGCUGUGAUAAACAGGGAGUUUGUGACCCCUCCCUCUGCAUUUAAAUAUUUGGGUGAUCUCCAAUUUUACCAAAUAUCUCAUUUACCUUGCAAGCCAAACAUGAUCAAUACAAAAUAUAACAAUUCCAUAUUAUUUAAUUAUGCAAAAAAUGGACACAAUAAUAUAGUUGAUUCAAUUCUGGAUACCUAUUUUAUGAGAGAAGUCUCUACUCUAAUAAACACACUUUAUUCAAGAAAUCAGAAUGGUCAAACAGGUUCAAUGCAAGUCCAGGCCAGUGUCAGAGUUCCAGAGAUGGAGAUAAGAUACACACCAAGUUUAAUGCAAGAGCUGAAGUGGGCUUGGCCACAAUACCUCUCACUUGCUGCCGUCUUCUACUGGAUAUUUAAUAAAAUACGUAUAUUUGUGUUUUUCAACCGUUUAUUCAUGGCCCGGCGAAUCGUUCCUUGGAAGAAACAAAGCUGGAAAUGAUGAUACUAGCUUAGCCUGUUGGACUUUACACCAAAUUUAAUGUAUUCUGAAGCCAAUAUAAACCCUCAUAUGAGAUAAGAGAAAGAUAAUAUGAAAUCACACAUUGAUAAUGUGUUUAAAAAGUAAAGGCAGAUAUUUAUUUUCAUUGGAUGUUCAUGGUGCAUCAAAUAAAACAUCUGUAUUUUGCUCAAGUACAAAUGUUA